AAUCUGUCAACGCCUCCCUCUCUUCUUCUUCUUCUUCUUCUUCUCCGGCGUGUCUCAGAAGCUUGUUAAUGGCGGCAGUUUAGAAUGAUUUGCAGGUUCGUUAGAAAGGAUUAAAACAAUGCACUAAUAUAUGAGGUUUAGAACAGUGAAACACUUUCGGCUACCUCGGAGAAUCUUAUAUCUGGUGGAAGAUUUAUAAACGAAAGAAGAGAAAGACGAAGAAUAGGGACUGGUAAGAUGAUAGUGAUCUUCCUGAGCUGAAGUGGAGACGAUCCCAUAAGAGAGUUUCAAGAAACUUACACUAAAAACUGAAACCGGCCAUUAAUUAAUCAAGGAGGAAGUGGUAAGAUGGUGAUUCCGGAGUCGGACGCUGUUGCCCACAGUGAGGCGGAGACCGCAGCCAAGCUAGCGGAGGGGCAUUUGAAAACUCACUCAUUUCUGGGAAGGCAAUUCUCCAUAUACUCUCUCACUCUUGACGAAUUCCAAACUACGCUGUGCGAGAAUGGGAAGAACUUUGGGUCGAUGAACAUGGACGAGUUUCUCAACAACAUAUGGACUGCGGAAGAGAACCAAGCUAUCCAUUCUAGCAAUGACCCUUCUCAAUCUAACCAAAACCAAGAACAGAAAACGGAGAAGAAGAGCCUAAACAGCCGACGUAGCUUAACCCGCCAAGGCUCCCUCACAAUUCCAGCCCCUCUCUGUAGGAAAACUGUUGAGGAGGUUUGGGCCGAAAUUAGGAGAGAGCAAGAAGAGAAGGAGCAACAGGAGAAGCCCAACAAUGAAGAAGGAAACCAUGCUACUACUAAUCGCCAACACACCUUUGGAGAGAUGACUCUGGAAGAUUUCUUGAUAAAAGCAGGAGUGGUCAGGGAAUCAUAUUCUUCCUCCGCUGCUGCUCAGCACCAUACACGGACGAUACCGAUACCAAUACCAAUACCGGCACCGAUAUCGGCUCCGGCAACUGUGCCCCAGCAGUACGGUUUGUACCAGAAUACUAAUAACACAGCUUUGGAAUCCAGCAGUUUCAGGAUUGGACCAAUGAUGGGUCUUGGUUUAUCGGACCACCGCGGGAGUACCGGAAAUGCCAUUCCCGGCGGUUGUGUUCCUUCCAGCUACCAAGCAUUUCCACAUAAUGGUGGAUCUGUAGGGGAGACAUCGAAUUAUGCAGGGAAUUGUAAGAGGAAUGGUGGUUAUUCGGCGGCGACAGGGGAGUUAUUUGGAGGGAGAGUGGGAAACAACGGUGGUGCAUUCGGAACUAUAUCGCCGGCGAGCCCGGGGUCGUCGGACGGGAUGUGCGCAGGACAAGUGGAGAACCAGAGGACAUUGGGGAGUCGAUAUGGGACAACAACGACGACAGAGAUGGGAGGGAUGAGGGGUAGGAAGAGGGUGAUUGAUGGUCCGGUGGAGAAGGUGGUGGAGAGGAGACAUCGAAGGAUGAUCAAGAACAGAGAGUCCGCCGCCAGAUCCCGUGCGAGGAAACAGGCAUACACGGUAGAGCUGGAAGCAGAGCUGAACCAACUGAAGGAGGAGAAUGGUCGCCUCAAACGAGUUCUGGCAGAAGCUGAGAAGAGGAGGAGGCAGAAGAUGCUGGAUGAGAUGAAUAAUAAGCCAGCAACGAAAGCGCAAAAAGCAGCGGAGAAGUUGAGGUUGAUGAGGAGGAGCAUAAGCUUUCCUAAUGGACUGUAGAAAGAGCACGUGAAGCUGCUGGGAUUAAGGAAUUCGGAUCUGGAGAACAAUCUUAUUGUUCUUAGUCUUAUGGAUUUGAAAUCUAUUAAAUAAAGAAAGAAAAUGGAUUUCAAAUCCACAGACCAAGAACAUGAUCAGGAGAACAAUCUUGUACGUUCUUAGUUUAUUGAUUUGAAAUCUAUUAAAUAAAGAAAGAAAAUGGGUUUCAAAUCCACAGACCAAGAACGUAUGGGAUGGGUUUGUUCUAGUAUAUGGAUUUGAAAUCUAUUAAAUGAAGAAAGAAAAUGGAUUUCAAAUCCACAGACCAAGAACGUAUGGGAUUGUUUUAGUAUGAUCAAACCGUAUAAUAACACAAUCAGACCAGAAUUUCCAUAUUCAGCUACUCUUUUUUUUCAUUAUUAAUUUUUUUUUUUUUGGUUCAUUCUCAUGCUGAAAUGGCCGUGUCGUUGGAACUCUAGACUAUGGGGAGCCCAGGUUGCAGUUUUAGCGGGUAUCAACAGCAGAUACAGUCAAUCUGAUAUCGAUGCUUAAAACUAUGAUUGAAAAUUCCAUUUUAUACUCUUAUUAGUAUUACCUCUUUUGGCUGUCUUCAUCUUCUAUAACUUGUAGUUAAUGCUUCCGUAAUGUACA